UACUGGGUUUAUAAUUUCCAGUUCCAGCAAUAUGAUAAUGACCAGAUCAUCUGUUUAUGUGAUGAUGAUCACAGGAUCCAGACAGAUGAGGACAUUAGGGAUAAUUCCCCUGCUCUUCUACAACCUAUUGUCAUGGGGUAUUUUACAUUCAGCUGAGAGGGCAGACGGCGCCUUGGUUUAACUCAUCUGAAAGAUGGUACCUCUGACAGUGCAGUACUGAAGGAGUGCUGCAUUGAGUACUCAUACCUCUGGAGUGAGACUUGAACCCACAACCUUCUGACUCAGAGAUGAGAGUGCCAACUAAUGGCUGACAAUAGCUUAUAAUAUUUCUGUUGUUUUCGAUUCAGCUUCUAAGGGGUUAUGUCCCAAGACUGUGUAUAGAAUGCUUUUCCCCUUGUAAAAUGGCAGCCUGAAAGUUUGAUUUGAUUUAAAGUGGUAACUAGUUAAAGCUGCAGGUGUCAGUGUUGUCUUUGUGUCUCGGUUCCUGAAGCUGUGAAAGGUGGUAAAGUCCCUGGUGUCAGCUGAAAUGGACAUCUUAUGGGAUUGUCUUCAAUCAGUAAUGCUGAUUAACCAUUCUGCUUUCAUUUACUCUGAAAGUUCUAUUGUUUAUGCACAGUUCUAACUGUCUGUCAGGAAUAAAACUGGAGGAAUAACCCACUCCUCCCAAGAAAGCUCAGUGUUAGUUUUAGUUAGGUUUUUGAGCUUGUUUUCAAAUCCCACCAAGGCCUAGCCCCUCCCUAUCUCUGUUAGGGUGAGCAAAAGAGCGAGGAGAGUGCAAGAGAAUGAAAGUGCAGAAGGGGGAGGAAGAGAACGCAGAGGUAGGAAAGAGGAAGGAGAGAUAGCGAGGGACAAGGAGGAUACCAACGGGAGUAAAUUACCCAGUCCCUCUGUCCUGUCUCUCUCUCUCCUGUGAAGGUGCUGAUCCCACCACUGCACGUCAUCGCUGUCUUGGAUGCUGUGGGUCUUCCUCUUCUGAUCUGUCAAACAUCGGAGGCUACACAUCCCACACAGAUGUUGUCAGUUUGAAGGCCUCAGAGGAUGAAGAAAUGCUAUUCUCACACUAGAAAUCUCUGUCAAACAUUUACCGGGGGAACUGAGACAGCAGCUGCAAUAAGUGAGGUUUUAUUCUGAUGGGACAAUGACAAGUUUAAAUCCCCACCUGAUCUGCUGCUCAAAGUCGCCUCCGUUUCACUGGUCAGUUCCCCAAGAACCAGCUUAUAUUUCAGCUCUUUCCUGGACUCGAACUCAAGUUCUGUCGAAGGGUCAUGAGGACUCGAAACGUCAACUCUUUUCUUCUCCGCCGAUGCUGCCAGACCUGCUGAGUUUUUCCAGGUAAUUCUGUUUUUGUUCAGGAAACUCAUGUUGUUCCAGAAAUAUUUGGAUUGGCUGUGAGAGAUGUUAAUCAGAGAGCCCACCCACUCUGCCCAUUCCCUCCUCUUCCUCUUCCACAACUGGUUCACUUCCUGUAGGGACUGAAAACCAAGUGAGGAGAUGAACGAUUGCACCGUACUACACCAGAGAAUACAGAGAGGAUAGACACCGCAGAUAGAUCCUGACCAUCACCCAAGGAACAACUGCACAACUUGCGAAGACAUCCAGUUCCUUCACAGCAUUGCUCAACACAGAGAAGGUUGGGCAGUGAAACCAUCAUCUGGAAAUCGGUCAGGUCAGGGGAGCUUUGACAUAUCAUCAGAUCUGAAACUGGUCAGUGGUGUGGAGCCUUCCAUCAGAACCAACCUUUCCGAAUGUUCGGCUGUGGGUGAUCGGUCAGAGUGAGGUUGGGAAGAAGUGUGAGUGGCUCCAAGUGUGGUGAGAGUUUCAAUCAUUCAUCGAGCCUCAUGAACCACUGACUCAUCCCUACAAGUGAGAGGCUGUUCAAGUGUGAGUUGUGGGAGGAAGGCUCCACAGGGUCAAAGGAUCUCCUAAAACACAAGGUUGUACAAGCAUUAACUAGCUUCAUGGAAGAGAAACAGUUCAAGUGUGAAGUUUGUGACCGAGCCUUCGCACAGCGAAGGAGCCUCAUGAUUCACCACCGCAUCCACUCUGGGGAGAAGCCGUUCAAAUGUGAGGUUUGUACCAAGGGCUUUGUGCAGUCAUCGGGCCUGGUGAAACACCGGCUCAUUCACACAGGGGAAAAACCAUUCACUUGUGAGGUGUGUGGAAAAUCCUUCUCGUUGUCAUCGAUCCUCCGUGUACACCAACGCGUUCAUACAGGGGAGAGACCAUUCACUUGUGAGAUGUGUGACAAAUCAUUCUCGCGGUCAUCACACCUCCUUGUACACCAACGUAGUCACACAGGGGAGAAACCAUUCACGUGCGAGUUGUGUGACAGAUCAUUCUCAUUUUCAGGGAACCUCCGCGCCCACAAACGCAUUCACACAGGGGAGAAACCAUUCACAUGUGUGGUCUGUGAUAAAUCAUUCAUGAGUUCACUGCACCUCCGUGCACACCAGCGCAGUCAUACAGGAGAGAAACCAUUCACAUGUAAGGUCUGUGACAAAUCAUUCUCACAGUCAUCAAACCUCCAAGCUCACCACCGCAUUCAUACAGGGGAGAAACCGUUCAAGUGUGAGGUGUGCGACAAAUCAUUCUCGCAGUCAUCAACUCUCCACAGACACCAACGUAUUCAUACAGGGGAGAAACCAUUUCUAUGCAAGGUGUGUGACAAAUCAUUCUCGUCGUCAUCAGAACUUCUCUUACACCAACACAUUCACACAGGGGAGAAACCAUUCAAGUGUGGGGUGUGUGAUAAAUCAUUCACAAAUUCAUCAAACCUCAGGAAACACCAACGCGUUCACACAAAGGAGAAACCAUUCAAGUGCGAGGUGUGUGAUAAAUCAUUCUCUGCGUCAUCAAGUCUCCGUGUGCACCAAAAUUAUCACAUGGGGAGAAAACAUUCGAAUUGCUGGGAAGAAGUGCGAGUGGGCUCCGAGUGUGGAGCUUCAAUUAUUCAUCGAGCUUCAUGGACCACUGACUCAUUCCUACAGGUGAGAGGCUGUUCAAGUGUGAGGUGUGAGAGGAGGAUUCCACCUAACACACAAGGUGCAUCUGUAACAACCACUGUUAACACAAGGGCAGCCACAUGGAAGGGAUGCAAGUGCGAGGUGUAUGAUUAUGCUGUUGUGACAUCUUCGUACCUCCUGAUACACCAAAGGAUUCACAUGGUGGAAAAACCAUUCUGGUGCGAGGCAUGUGAUGCAACUUUCACCAAUUCCUCCAAUCUCUUGAGACACCAGAGGAUUCACACAGGAGAGAAGCCAUUCACGUGUGAGGUUUGCGACAAAUCAUUUUCUCGGUCAUCAAAUCUCCUGGACCACCAACGUAUUCAUACCAGGGAGAAACCAUUCACGUGCAAGGUGUGCGACAAAUCAUUCUCACAGUCCUCGAGCCUGCGAAGCCACCAACGUAUUCAUACUGGGGAGAAACCGUUCACAUGUGAAGUGUGCGAAAAAUCGUUCUCGGAUCCAUCAGCCCUCUGGGGUCACCGGCGCAUUCACACAGGAGAGAAACCAUUCACAUGUGAGGUGUGCGACAAAUCAUUCUCACGGUCAUCAGACCUACGUGUCCACCGACGCAUUCACGCAGGGGAGAAACCAUUCACUUGUGAGGUGUGUGACAAAUCAUUCACGCAGUCAUCGAAUCUCCGUGUGCACCAACGCAUUCACACAGGGGAGAAGACGUUCACCUGUGAGGUGUGUGACAAAUCAUUCUCUGACUCAUCAAACCUUCGCACCCACCAACGCAUUCACACAGGGGAGAAACCAUUUCAGUGUGAGAUAUGUGAUAAAGCCUUCAUACAGUUAUCAAAGCUACUUGUCCAUCAGAGAAUCCACACAGGGGAGAAACCAUUCACAUGCGAAGUGUGUGACAAAUCAUUCUCGCAGUCAUCAAUCCUCCGCAGCCACCAACGCAUUCACACAGGAGAGAAACCGUUUACCUGUGAGGUGUGUGACAAGUCAUUCUCACAGUCAUCGGCCCUCCGAGUGCACCAACGCAUUCACACUGGGGAGAAACCUUUCACAUGUGUGGCAUGUGGCAAAUCAUUCUCGCGGUCAUCAGAGCUCCGUGUACACCAACGCAUUCACACAGGGGAGAGACCAUUCAGGUGUGAGGUUUGUGACAAAGCCUUCACACAGUUGUCAAGCCUUCUACUCCAUCAGAGGAUCCACAAAGAGGAGAAACCAUUCAUGUGCAAGAUGUGUAACAAAUCAUUCUCACAGUCUCAAACCCUCCAUGUACACCAAUGCAUUCACACGGAAGUAACAGUUCAAGUGUGAGAUACCUGAUAAAGCCAUCACAAAGUUUUCGAAGUUCCUGGCCCACCCAGGGGAGAAACCAUUGAAGUGUGAGGUGUGCAACACACCAUUCUUACAGCCCUCUAAACUCCUGCUCCAUCAGAGGAUCCACACAAGGGAGUAAGCCUUCAAGUCUGAAGUUUGUGAUAAAGCUUUCUUGACAUCUUCGAUGUGAGAUAUCAGUGUGAGUUCUGUAAGAAAUCCUUCACACAAUUGUUAGACCUCCUGGAACAUCAAUGAAACCACACAGGAACUAGCUAACCAAGCUCCUGCCAAUCUGUUAUUAAGAGUGUGAAUCUUUGUGCAAGCUCACUGCAAAGGAUGUUCAAUGGUAUUGGGGCACAGAACAAGAAGCAGCUUUCACUCGCAUCAAACAACUAGUGACAACAACACCAGUGCUGAUGUACUGUGAUAUCAACAAUGAAGUCGCGAUGUUGUCAAUGUUGAAGUCACUCUACAGUGAGAUACCAGUGAAACAGGACUUGGAGCAACCCUCAUACAGCAAGGACAACUAGUUGUGUUUGCAUCCAGAACUUUUACACAAACUGAACGACGCUAUACACAGAUUGAGAAAGAGACCCUGGGACUAUUGUCUUUGUUUGUGGGCAUUUCAACCAGUACCUGUUUCGGGGAGAGAAAAUGAUGGUAGAAUCUGACCAUAAGCCGCUUCAAAGCAUAUUUUUCAAACCACUUCUAUCUGCUCCAAAGUGUUUGCAGAGGAUGUUACAUUUUCAUCUUCAUUUGCAGAGAUUCAUUUGGAAGUGAAGACCUGAAUGCUGUAAAGAUUAUGUGUGCAAUGUAUGUGUUGGAACAGACUAGAAAGAAAUUACAGUUUUUUGUUCAUGUAUGAUAAUUUUCUUUUUGGACUAUUUGUAGCAUUUAAUGGUUUAAUUGAUCAGUGUUUCAUUAUGUCAGUCGGUUCUCUAAUCUGUAUAACUGUACUUGAUUGCUUAAGCCUGAGGGUGAAGUUAACAAAUUAAUUAUAUUGAGAAACUUCCAGAGAGAAGACCUGGCAGAGACCAACACAUGUGUGUAGAAACCUGAGAUUUUUUAAAGUAAUGUAAAUAAACCUGUUUAGGUUUUGAAGUAUGUCAUCUCUGCAUUGUUCUGAGAUAAAGCAGGUGUAUAAGAUGUGUAGCAAACAUUACAUUAUGUACGUGGCAUAACUUUCAAAUUAUAGUGCAAGCAUUUUUUUUCUUGUUAUGAAGUGGGUGUUUGGAUAAAUCCCUUUGUACACUGUCAUACAAAUGUGACCUAAUGUUAUCAAAUGUACAUAAAGGUUUGAGGGCAGUAACCAUUUUUUUACGCACUACAUGGAACAUUGUUUAAAAUUCAAAUUGGUCCAAAUAGGAGUAACAUGAGUGACCUGACUCUUGUAAAAUUGACUGCGAACCAAUCAGUACUCUCUUCUCAUGCCAUAUAAAUUGUUACUUCCCUU